AUGGACGUUACUCGCAAAUUUAUGGUGAUCUGCCUGCUGUUCUUCAAACUACUAAAGGUCGAGAUGGUGAGUGGCAAAGUUUUGGAGGAGACUUAUCGAAAGUGGGUUCAGUAUAAAGAAGACUGUGUCACCAUGAUCAAAAAUGAGCCACUGCCUCAAACGGACUUGUUCUGUAACCGGACAUUUGACAGGUAUGCCUGCUGGCCAGAUACUCCUGCUGGCAUUACAAUCAACAUCUCAUGUCCUUUCUACCUGCCCUGGUAUGACAAAGUGUCCCAGGGUGUGGUGCGUAGGCGAUGUGGAUAUGAUGGCCAUUGGGAAAGAGAGGACAAUGGACAGGUGUGGAGGGACAUGAGCCAAUGUGAAGAGGAAAAAGAGGUUACAUCUCAGGAGCUAUGGUUCAAACAGUUGAUGGUGAGCUUCAGGAUGCUCUACACUGUCGGCUAUUCUUUGUCCCUCUUCACGCUUUUAACAGCUCUCAUCAUUCUUCUAAGCUUUAGGAAACUGCAUUGCACCAGAAACUGCAUUCACGUCAACCUCUUCCUGUCCUUCAUCCUGCGAGCUGUAGCGGUUAUUGUUAAGGACACAAUGUUGGAACACCACUGGGGAAGAGAAAUCAUGAAGCAGACUGAUGUGAGUGAGAUGCUCAGUCAUCAGGCUGCUGUUGGUUGCAGGAUAGCGCAGGUGAUCAUGCAGUACUGUGUUCUGGCCAAUCAUUAUUGGUUCUUUGGAGAGGCUAUUUAUCUGUACUCAGUGCUUAUUGCUUCAGUCUUCACUGGCAGCAACAAGUACCUACCUUAUAUCUAUCUUGGCUGGGGUACUCCGCUGUUAUUUGUCAUUCCCUGGGUGGUGGCGAAGAUGCUGAAGGAAAACAAAGAGUGUUGGGCUGUCAAUGAGAACAUGAACUACUGGUGGAUUAUUCGUUUCCCAGUUCUUUUAACUUCACUUAUAAAUUUUCUGAUUUUCACGAAGAUCCUGAAGGUCAUAUUUUCCAAAUUAAGAGCCAGCAACCCGAGUCAGUACCCCAAAUACAAACUUCGGCUUGCCAAGGCCACUCUUACCCUCAUUCCUCUGUUUGGAAUUCAUGAGGUGGUUUUCAUCUUUGCUACUGACGAACAGACGACAGGUGUUCUCCGCUACAUAAAAGUGUUUUUCACACUUUUUAUCAGCUCCUUUCAGGGAUUUUUGGUGGCUGUUCUCUACUGCUUUGGCAAUAAAGAGGUGCAGGCAGAGCUAAAGAGGAAGAUGCGGAGCUGGAGGACGGAGACAGAGGUCGUAUGCUGUGGACAGUGA